CUCAGUGAAAGGCAGACAUGUGCUUGCCGUGCCAGCAGACCAAUGCACAGACAGCUGGCUUUCUCUCCUUGACGCCCCUAACUAUCUCCCUCUUUCUUUUCCCUCCACAGUGGCUCUAUUAAUUCUUUCUCCUCCUUUCCUUUCCUCUCUUCUUAUUUCCCCUGCAGUUUCCCCUGCGCAGACGGAUAAAAAUAAUUGUCCUAUAGCAGAGCUUGUGUAAUCGCUGGCUUCACAAGCACGGGAGCCACUGCCUCAACACCGGCCCAAUAAGGAAUACCAAGCACUGGACUGAACACCACAGUGUUGAAGAAAAGGAGAGAACAUUUUCUAAACUUCAAGGAAGAAGGAUACAGUAAGGAAUACAGAGAGUGACAGAAGAAGAGAGAAGAAACAGAGUGAAGAGGGCAGGAGGAGUGAAGUGUUAGGACCAUGCCUGGCUGUCACAUCCGGACACCCCUGAUGUUGGUGCUCUGCAUGCUGGUGCUGUCCUGUGGGUCAGGAGGUGCCCGGCGGAUCAGAAAGAGAGGGCUUAACCAAAAGGACUAUGAGUAUCCAAAUCAGCAGUCCCAAUCCACGCAGCACCAGAAGAAUGACCGCUGCCCACCCCCACCUCAGAUGCUGCCGGAGCGGGCCUGCGAGGUGCCCGGCUGCCGCUCUGACUCAGAAUGUGAGCGCCACAAGCGCUGCUGCUAUAACGGCUGCAUCUACGCCUGUCUGGAGUCAGUGCAGCCACCACCAGUGCUGGACUGGCUGAUUCAACCCAAGCCUCGGUGGCUGGGAGGGAAUGGCUGGCUUCUAGACGGUCCAGAUGAGGUACUGCAGGCGGAGGCCUGCAGCACCACAGAGGAUGGUGACGAGCCCCUGCACUGUCCCACAGGCUAUGAGUGCCACAUCAUCAACCAAGGAAAUCCCGCCGCUGGCAUCCCCAAUCGGGGACAGUGCAUCAAGUCUCGUGGCAACUCUGAUGGACGUCCCAUGAGGCAAAAGUCCUACAAGGACUAUAAGGAUUACUUGGGAAUUGGAAGCAGCUCUAAUAAUGCAGUGGCCUAUGAGAAACAACACCACAAACACAUGGGAUGAGAUCGUAAAAAGCUGGUAGUCUCUUCAAAGCCGUCUCUCCUCAGAUCUUCAGAUACCGCAACACAGAACCUCAGCUAUCAGAGCCCACAUAUCAUACCUCUCUUGACAACGGAAAACAGAACAACCAGACAACCCUACGGUGCUUUACACUUCCCAUGUCUGGCCUGGGGAAAGGAGGAAACCAAGCCUUCAGUUCCUACCUCUUCUCAAACUGGCACACUCCUUUGGUUGUAAUAAUGGUGCAGGCAGGGUUUUAAACAAUACUUUGACAGAUUUACACACACACAGAAACAUGCUUUGGUUUAGUCAUGGGUAAGACGUAAUGGUGUUAUGGUUGAAAAGGAGAAAUGAACAAGACAAAGCUCCUUUCUUGAUCGGUCUCAAACCGCAAAAAUAACAGCCUUUUUUCUAUUCACAAUAUCAAAGUAGAUGCACUGAAACCCCCCACAACCAGACACACACACUUAUCUCAUAGAAAUAAGAGAAAAUAAGGACUAUGUGCUGCUGUUGGUCCUCUCACCCUUCAGGCCAACAGGAUGAAGAUCCCAUAAACACACAGACGAGGAACAGACCCAGAACUACCAACACAAUCCAUACACUCUGCUUACAUGUCAAAGCAUGUCAAUCAUGGUGGGAGAGCAAGCUGGGCCUUAUACCAGUAUGACCCCAUCAUCAACACACAGGAGCUGUUCAAAGUGUUUGUAUCGACUGUACAUGAAAUAGGACAUAUUACAUUCAGUAUAUUCCCUCAGUCGGUCCAAAAAUGAACAUUAGUAUGACAGAAAGACGGGUGUGAGUGGUUAGGAAUAUCCAUAUCUGGAUUUUAGUACAUCAAAUGGUGCUCGGUUCUAAGGCUGUCUCUUCUAACAGAACAAUAAGCUGGUCUACACGACUGAAUUCCACAACUAAUAAGCUAGAGGUAUGAACAACAUGUAACCAUUUUCUAUGAGGGAGACAGUAAUAUCCAAAUGUCAAACUGGUGCUGUAAUGUUGCUUUGUGUAUUACAAAUAAACGGUAUGUUUGAGGAA